UAUUCAAAAUGGUGGAGAAAAUUCAGACGAAGACGUUGAAUGGGCUAUAAAUUUACUUUCGUUUAGAAAAUUUCUAUACCAAAAUGUAAAACUCGUACAGACAGGUCGUCUAUCUUACAACCAGUAUUAAAUAUGCCUGCUCCCAAGGUAAUCGUUGACGAGACUGAUGUCGUCAAACUAGUAUCAGAAUUUCUCCUCAACAGAGAUCUGAAUAUCUCCAUGCUUUCGCUAGAGCGAGAGACGGGCAUUAUCAAUGGCGAAUUUUCUGAUGACAUGCUGUUUCUUAGACAGCUUAUUCUGGAUGGCCAGUGGGACGAUGUCAUUGAUUUUAUUCAACCUCUGAGUUCCAUUGAAACAUUCAAUUACACCAGAUUUCAGUAUAUCAUCAUGAAACACAAGUACCUUGAACUUCUGUGCAUCAAGUCAGAACCUAGUGUGAUGCAGAAUUAUGACUUUACAGUUGAAGAAGUUGUUAAAUGCUUAAACAGCUUGGAGAGUCUUUGUGUAUCCAAAGAAGAUUACAACAAUUUGUGUCUGCUCUUAACCAUUCCUAAAAUAUCAGAUCAUCCAGAAUAUCAAAACUGGAAUCCCAGUAAUGCUCGAGUUAAGUGCUUCAGAGAUGUGACACCCCUAGUGGAGAAGUACCUGACACCUAUGGAUAAAUCAAAACACAACUCUGAGACAGCUGAAGAAGACCGCCUGCUUCAGUUGGUUCUGAAGGGAAUGCUUUAUGAGUCAUGUGUGGAUUAUUGCCAGCAGCGAGCAACAAGUUCUGAUCCUUGUGAUGAAAUGACUUUUCCCUCUCUACUCACAAAUUCUGGCUUUAGUGAUGCAGACCUCAGUCUUAUUUCUUGGUUACAGAACAUACCUAAUGAGACAUUCUCUUGCCCCUUUGAGCAGAAAUCUCUGAACUUUGAUAUUAAACAACUGAUAAAGCCAACCUUGGAAGCUUCAUGGUCAGAGCAGAUCUUGGUGACACCCAUCAAGCCUAAGCUGUUCCCACACUCAGCUGUCCCCAAUAUUAGACCCCGUUCUGCUGAUGUUAUGACAAGAUCUUUGAAUCCACAGUUCGAUGGAUUAAGCAGAGGGCUAUGGCAAGGAAGAAAGGACAUGUCAGCUUCCAUCAGUGGACCAAGUCUUUCUCAAUCAAUAUCUGUUGUGUCAGGUGUUGGUUUGAAUGCUGCUAAAAAAGAUCCAAUGCAGAUGUCAAUGGACAAGCUAUUUUCAGAGGGAGAGAUGGUGAACACUCAAAGUUCAGUUGUAUUUGAGGAGACUUCCCCAAGACAGAAAGUUCAGCAAGGAACACCCCCAAAAAAUAAAAACGAAGCAGAGGAAACUAAACCAAGCCCACCCAUUGCAACAAUAGCCCCACAGGAUAAAAAUAAACCAAACCCAAAGGCCGAAGAUGAACUGAAUGAGAAUAACUCAAACUCUGAGCUAUUGAAGGAAUUUCAGAGACAGAAACAGGUUUGUAGGGAGCAGAUUGAGAUGUAUGAACAACAGAGGGAGAAGAUGAUGAAAGAGUUAAUGACAAUCGAGAGCAAGAGUAGCAUGAUUGACAAUAGGGAGGGGCCUGCUGCGGAGGAACAAACAGCAUCGGUUCACCCACAAAAUACAAGUUCUCAUCAAAAACAAACCAACCAUACACCGCAUUUAAAUCAGUCAAACAAUCAUAACAGUGCACCUAUCCAAAAAAUGUCAAAUAAUCAAGCAAACAUUAUCAGUCAGAAGCCCCAAAAUGUCACACCACCUCGUAAUGGGACCCCUGUCACUAACAAACACAUGGACCCAGUAACCCCCAUUUACCAGGCCGAUAGUCUAGCUAACACCCCGACCUGUGACUUUACUGUUGGUGGUUAUGAGCUGGGGUCAGAGAGGAGCAUUCUGACACCAUUAGGUAUAGAGGAGGUUCCCACAGGGUUACAAAAUCCUUCAGCAAGCUUAAUUCCUAGAGAGGCUGGUCCAGUGGACUCCUCAAAACAAACUGCAGCUGUUGCCACAGGUCGUACCCCUAAAAACCCAGUCAAAUCUGUCAAAGCAAAAGAAAUGCCCACUAAUCCAGGUCGUUCUAAGACUGCAGCUGUCAGAAAAAACAGCAACUCAAGCACAGUGGGUAGAGGAAAACAACUAGAAUCGAGGCCCACUGCUGUGUCAGGUUCAAAAUCUGUGGGGCGGGGCACUGCCACAAGGCCCACUACUCUGAACCCAGGAGGGUCCAGUAAACUAAGGAAGUCCCCAGUUUGCAGUAAAGACAAUAAACCAGCUGUCAGUGGAGGUGUGGAACCCAAACCAGUGGGACCCGUCGUAUCCCAGAGUCCCAAAAAGACACCCCGACCAGUCAGUCAGGCAGGAAUUAUUGGAGAUCAGAAGAUUUCUAGUCCCAAGUUUGUCCCCAUCUGUACUCUGGAGGACAUUCAGGCCAUCAGAACUGUGGCCUACCAUCCAUCUGGAACCAUGUUUGCUGUGGGCUCUAACUCCAAAACUCUGAGAGUGUGUGCCUUCCCAGAUGUCUCUAAUCUGAGUGAGAAUCACCAGACCUUUGAAACACAGACAAUGUACCUCAAACACAAACACCAUAAAGGUUCAAUCUACUGUGUAGCAUGGAGUCCAAUGGGGGACCUCCUAGCCACAGGUUCAAAUGACAAAACCAUCAAAAUGUUCCAGUACAACAUGGAUAUGAACUCACAAGGUCCUGAGAUGGAGUUGUCCUUCCAUGACGGUACGGUGAGGGACAUUGUCUUUAUGCAGGACACAAUAAAUAGGUCAUCUCUCCUGAUAAGUGGAGGGGCAGGGGACUGUAAGAUUUACGUGACAGACUGUGAGACAGGGAUGCCAGUCAGAGCCAUGGCAGGACACUCAGGACAUGUGUACUCCCUGCAUACCUGGGGUGGUUGUAUGUUUGUCAGUGGGUCAGCAGACAAGACAGCAAGAUUCUGGGACCUCAGGGCCUCUACUGCUAUUACAGUGGUCCCCAGCUCAACAGGAAGUGCUUUUGCGUCAGUGUGUGUUGACCCCUCGGGUCGUCUCUUGGCCUCGGGUCAUGAGGAUGGGAGUGUGAUGCUGUAUGACAUCAGAGGUUCGCGGGGAAUUCAGAGCUUCCGCCCUCACACCGGGGAGUGUCGUACAGUACGAUUCUCCAUGAAUGCUUUUUACCUGUUGAGUGGAUCAUAUGACAAGAAGAUCAUCAUGACAGACAUGCAUGGUGACCUACUUAGGCCAUUGCCCAGUGUGGUGGUUGCAGAACAUGAAGACAAGGUCAUUCAAUGUCGCUGGCACCCAACACAACUGGCCUUCACUAGCACCAGUGCUGAUAGACAUGUCACAUGCUGGGGACUUCCUGUGGUGUAAACAGUCACAUGAUCAAAUCACAUGACAGGCACACCACCUGAUGAUAACUUGCUGUGGAGUGAUUUGAAUCUGUGAAUGCUGGGCUAGAUAUUUAAGGAGUAUGUCAUUGAUCCAAAAUAUGUUAUGUUGUUAUUUGAUAUACAUGGCAAAAUUAUCUGAUUCAAGUAUUUAUACAAGUACACUUUAACAUUAUACAAGUAUUGACUUUUGAUGAGGUCUACUCGUAACUAUACAGACCUGGUCAGGUAUUGGUUGACCGAGGCCGAAGGUCAAGGUUAACCAACACCUGACCAGGUCUGUAUAGUCACGAGUAGACCAAAUUCAAAAGUCAAUAACCGUUUUAUUAAAUGAUCAGGAAUUUUACAACACUUUUGAUACUUUCAAUCUUGUCUUCCAUCAAAUAAAAACACCCAUAAUAUAAUUGUCACGACUUAUCUAAUUAACAACUAGUAGUUAAAAAUUGAAAACAAUAUUAUUAAACAAUAAAUACUCAACCAUUUACUUUCAAAAGCGUUUAAUCUCCUUGGUACUGGCGUCUGACAUGUUUACAUUCACACCGACACAUGCUUUGAAACCCGCAAUCUGAUUGGUCGAAAAAACUAAGCAAAUAUAUGGUUGGUCAGGAGGGAAAACCCGAAUAAACCUCAUAUGAGGUGAACUCACUCUGACGUACAUCUCAGGAAAAGGCGUCUAGACCAAUCGGAGAGCACUAAAAUUCCUGGUCAUUUAUUAAAUACAAAUGUAAUUCAAAAUUAAUACAUGUAUAGUGGAUCUGUGGUUUUGACUUAACUUCAACUUUGAUAUCACAAGCCUUUUAGCUUGAUGUAUCACUCCCAAGGAGUUCAGGACUUGGAGGGGGUAUGUUGUACAGGUUUUAUUUUUUGAUGAUGAUUAUGAAUAAGCACACCAACUUCUUAGCCAUAUUAAGAAUCCUUCUUAUUAUACCUGUACUUCAAAUUGGAUAUUUUCUCAACACAUACUUGUAUUAUCAAGGAUAGUUGAAUUUUUUGACAUUGAUAAAUCUUUCUUCACAUUCAGUAUACAUCUUAUAUUUCAAAAAAUAAUAUUGCUACUGUGCUUCCCAAGUGCUUCAUUUCACCCAUAGAAUCAUUAAUAUACAUGUAACAGAUAAAUUUAAGCUUUACAAAUACAUUUAUAAGAUAUUUUGGACUAAAAUUCUGUUACAAGGUAUUUGUGGAACUGUUCGAUAAAAUUUUGUGCACAUCGUAAUCUGCUUUUAUAUUUAUAUAUAUACAAGUAAAAUGAAACCAGUGUGCACUGCCCAAGGAAUGUAAAUCACUAUAAAUAUAUUGAUGUUAGUAUUUUUACACAAUUUAGAAGUUCUUAUAUUAGUGUGGUCUUCUCACAGGACUCGAAUGGAAUUAAAGAUUAUCGGGUAUCAUCUUUACAUUUUUUUCCAAGAGCUUUGCUUACAAUGAUGUGCUAAUUAUACUUUAUUUUGAUGGUGCAUAUAUUGUGUUUGUUUUGUUUUACUCUGUAUUUAUCGCAGUCAUACAAAUCAUGAAGCACAUUUAGAUCUGAGAACUUGUACAAAACGAUGCCAUUGUUAUCUAGUCAAUUAUUUUUUUUGUGUAUGGUAUUUUAUUUUUCUUUUAAUUUUGCAGCAACUUGUACACUAUCAGUUGUGGGAAUAUUUUCUUUUUAAAUCUAUUAUUUUGAACUCAUCCUGGUGGAUUGUUUUGUUUGCUUUAUUUUGAUCUUUUUUUGUUCAUUCAGAAUGAUGAACAUUUAUGAGUAGCCAUCCUUACAGAAAUGAUUUGUCCCAUGGUAUUUGCUUUUCGUCUGUGAUUUUUUUUACUCUAAGGUUGGGUUACUAUUCUGCUUUAUUAUUCAUAUUCCCUCCAUUUUUGUGAUGGUAUAUUUCAUUCCGCCCAUUUAGUUUUUUUUCCCUCCCAAAGCAUUCUUUUAUAUUUAGCAUUACUUUGUGUACAAAUGUAUUUAUUAUUUUGGUAUUUAGUUUAUUUUUUAAAAAUAUUUUUGAGAAUUCAGUAUACAUAAAUACAUAUUUGCAAAUAUACAAAACAUAAGCUACAUUGUAACAUGAAAUAUUGUAAGAUUUCAGAUAGUCAUCUUGUAGAUUGUUUACAUUUAUUAAAGAAGUGUUUCUUGUAAUCCAUAUAAAUCUGUAGAUCUAUGGUACUAUUUAAGCUAUAUUUCAUUCACUAGUUCCUAUUAAUACAUGUAUUACUAUUUGAGUUUCUCUAAUCUUAAGAAGAAUUUAAGUAAUUUUCCGACUUUCGUCAAUAUUUUUUAAAUUACCUACUACAAAAAAAUAUAAUUAUUGGUAAAAAAAAAUCAAUUACACAAAUAUGUUUAUCAGCAACAUUCAUAACUUUAUUAAAAAACAAAUCAAUUACAUUUUGCAUCUCUUAAUAAAUUUCAAAUUUCUUAACAGCAACCACUUUUUCAUAAUGAUUGGUUUUUUUCCCCUUGAUAUUGAUUAAUGCUAUUUAUGUUACUUGUAUGUAUAAUAUACAUACAAAUUAAUCAAAUAUACUUCUGAAUGUACAAUGAUGUUUUACUAUGCUACGCUUUACAUUUUUUGAGAAUUCAAUGUUUCUGCAAAUUUCUUUCAAUAUCUGCUUUUUGUUAUUUUUCUUGUUUCACAAACAGGAGGUAGAAUAAACUUGAUCAUCAGUGAA